AUGUAUGUAGCAGAACAAAAUUCUGACCCUGACACUCCUCCUGGAUACUAUGGAAAUGGACAUAUACCCGUAGAUUAUCUUGAACCUGAAUACGAACCUAUGCCUGAAGAUGAUGAUGUGCCUGAAUAUAAGCCUCUACCUGAAGAUGAACCCAUUCCUGAGUAUGAGCCUGAGACUCCUACUGGUUCACAAGAAAUUCAAUCUGAAGACAUGACUGACGUCGAGCUUGAGCAACAACAACCUGCUGCAUCUGCUGAAUCAGUGGCCCCAAGAAAUGCUCCUCCUAGGAUCGAGCCCGCUCCUAAUCAGAACGCGCAUGGGGAAGCCAUCGACGCACUGCAACACGAAAAACUGUCAAGACCAGUACAUGCGUGGAAACCACUCCCCUAG